AUGACUUCAGCGAUACAAUUUUCAGUGUCACUAAAGAUCAACUAUGUUUUGCGAUCUCUUGAGGAUAGGUCAGCGUCAAAAAAGACAAAAGAUAGUGGUGAUAAGAUGUUAUCUAGUAAAUAUAAUCUAUCAGAUAAACCAUCGGAUUUAGCUAAGGAAGUAUCUCCCGUUAUCACAUCCCCUCCCAACUUUUGCGGUCAUUCUCCUCCUUCAUCCUAUAAAAGUGUAGACAAUUUUUUUAAUGAUUAUAACGAAGAGUCAACCGAAGUUGAGGAGGCCUCUCUAAAUAAGAUUGACACUUUCUUCCAAGGUCUUCCCAAUGUUAAAGAUGCCAAACUGAAGUCUAGAAAGCGUAGGUCAACGAAAGAUACCAGUAGUAAGAGCGUCAAAUGA